ACACACACACUCCCGCCCACCAGCAUGGACGUAGAUGUUUACACAUGGUGCACUUUGUAACCAGAGAGCUUUGGUGCUGUGCUUCAGAACAUGAUGAAGAAGCAGAACAAAGAUUAAAUAGACAAAAAAAAGAGAAAAACUUCAGCACACUGCGUGUGAGAGUCCAUACACCAGGAAAUGGAGAAAUAUGGAGAAAUGAUAUAAUGAUCAAUGGCAUGAGAGGGCACUGGAGAAGAAGUGAAAAACACCAAAGUAGAGGAUGAACAGAUGUGUGCUCACGCGUGUGUGUGUCCUGCUCUCUGUUCUGUGCCUUGCUGCUCAUGUCUAUGUGGAGUUUAAGGGAUAUUAUGUGAAGCGCUGGAGAACACUUGCCCCACACAAGGGACUUCAAAAUCACACCAAGACUCAGGAAAACAGAGGAUUGAGUGACUUGGUGCGCACGUGCUCCCCGACAGACAGACAGUACAGAAAGUCUCUCAGGUGGAAGAUAAAGCUGAAGCCAUGGGCCAGUGAGAGCCACAGCCUGGAAGAUGAGGCAUUCAGAUUUAUCAAGUACAUCACGACACCACAGGUGUCCUGUAGAAAUCCUGCAAACAGCCUGCCAGUUCAGGGAUCAUGGGCACUAUGUUUGGAUAACAGAUUUGACUUGGCCCGAAGCAUCGACACUAAACACUGUCGAGUCUAUUCACUUGGGUUGGGAGGAGAGGAUAAGCAGUUGGAGAAAGCAUUAGCUAAGGCAGGGUGCGAGGUUCACUGUUUUAACCCCAGCAUCAGAGAGGCUCACCUGCAGGACUCACACAUGUGGCUUCACCGGCUCUCCAUCGAUUGGAGAGACCCGAACCCUGCUAUCAUGACACAGAGGCAACAGAGCAGCACCAUGAAGCUUUCUGCUGUCCUCAAACACUAUGGACAUAAACAGGUUGACGUGCUGAAAGUGGACAUGGAAAGUGCCGAAUGGAAAAUCUUAGAGAAUCUGAUUCUGGAAGAUGUUUUACACUCUGUGGGCCUCUUGCUUCUCGAGAUUCAUCUGCACUGGGCCGGAUUCGAAGUGAGCGGCGACGAGCCCUCUGUAGUGCGCUACUGGUUCAGUCUGUUGAAGGAGCUGGAGAAAACAGACUUCCGCCUGUACCACAGUUACAGAGACCUAGUAAAGCCACAGCUCUUCCUUCAGAAGAACCUACACAAUGCAAGCAGCACUUACAUAUUGGGGUGGGUCAACACGUGCUACUCGGCACGAUGAGAGUUCGGUUUAAAAUGUGAGAAAUGGAGUACAGCAAAAGCUGCUGAUAGAGACUUCAUUUUUGAGGUAUAAAGACGUCAAGGUAUUUCCCAUUCAAAUACUGCAAUCUGCAGUGAAAAAUAUUCCAGGUAGAUUCUGUUUAUUGCAAGCAGUGAGAUGUGUUUUAAUCCUGCAAAUAUCUCAAUUUCAAGCUUGUGUACAGUCAGAAGAACAUACACGAGUAGUAAGUAGGAAAUAAAUCGGAAAGGAGUGGACCAACACAAAUUACUUGGUGCGAUAAUGUCAAUAAAUGGAGUUCAGUAAAAAAUAUAAAAAUAAAAAUUUACUUGAGAGACAGGCCAGAGGAAUCUUCAAAGAACAACAAAGUGGAUUUCAUUUGAUUUGAAUUACUGCUAUGUUUAAAUGAAGGCAUGUUCAGCAUUUUUACAAGAAUAUUCCCACUCUAAUGUUUUCUAACAGAGUCUCUAUAAUUUACCAACAGAUCUGAGGGAAUUUGAUUCUUCUCAUGGUUUUGACUAACUGCCACUUCCAACUUUUAUAGAAGCUCGUUAGCUAAAUCUUUACCCACAAACAUUAAGUAGUACAGUACGUGCUCAGAAUGCUCAUGUCUGUUAUGACUUGAACAGCAAGUGCAUGUAUGCCUUUCUAUUUUAAGAGUGGAAAUUCACUCUUUCAUUCAGAGGUUACGCAAUGUGCUGUGCAAAUUAGCAUGCUGUACUUUUCCACAGUAUAUUGAAACAUGUAGUAUUACAACCUGGAACUGAAAUGGAUCUUUUUUUAAAUGUGAUUUUUACCAUUUGAUUUAUAUAUUAAAAUUAAAAUUAAGACUUUCUAUUCUUAAGAUAGGUCUUAGCUUUCAGACCACAGUUAUAACUAGUAAAUAGAUAGCGUGCACGCAAGAGACAGAGACAGCUAUGAAAUGAACCCUUGUGGACCCUUAUGGACAUUUUUUAAAUUUAUCGUUUUGUCCGUAUUAAUGCAAACAGCAUAAAUUUUGCAAAAUGCAUGUAUUUUUAUUGGAAUUUUAAUAUUUUACCCUCAUUUGGUUUCAUAAAUCUAUUUGAAACUAGGUACACAAUAUAGUUACACCCAGGACCUUAAGGACUAAUAAAUAAAUAAAUAAAUAAAUAAAUAAAUAUAUAUAUAUAUAUAUAUAUAUAUAUAUAUAUAUAUAUAUAUAUAUAUAUAUAAAAUUAAGCAAAAAUCAUGCAAUCUGUGUUAAUAUGCUUUUGUUUUGUUGAUAAGGUUUCAAAACAUUAAUUUAAAAAAAAAAUAAUAAUUUCUGAAAUGUGCAUUAUUUUCUCAGGUUUUGCCUAUGGGAAAAUACAGGUGCAUUUAAAAGAAAAUUGAUUAUCGUGGAAAGGUUUUUAUUUCGUUAAUUUAAUUUUUAUAUGUUUUAUAUAUAUUUUUAUAUAAAAUAUACAGUUUUGGGACAUGUGCAUUUUUGUCCUCUAUGGACCUAUGUGUAACAUUUUUUAAUUGAUGCAUAAGGGUUAAUUCACCAAUGCUCAGAACUGAGGAAAAGAGACAAACUAGCAACUUAGUGGGAUGUAACUUGAAAUCGUUGAAACACAUUGAGCAUCUGGUUUGGGCAAAUUGAAACAAUGGCACAGAAGAAUCACCAGCGACACAAAACUGGAAACAGAAGUGUUCAGACACACUUUGAGGAUGAUUUUUUUUUAUUAUGCAAACGUAAAUAGUAAAGUUAAUGCCCAUGUAUGAAUUAAUUUCUCUAUUUUUAAUAACUAGUGCUUAAAAAUGUAAGAAAGGCAUCCUGCGUGAAUCUCAGUCAUGAAGCUGUUUGAGAUGAUGAGUAAGUAAAGAUGGUAAGAGUGUGCAAAGCUGUGCAAAAAAAGAGAGAAAUAUUAAAGAGAUUUGCUUAACCUUU